AUGGCGCAGCAAAAGUCGGCCAUUCUUUCCGUCUACGACAAGACCGGGCUGCUCGACCUGGCAAAGAGCCUUGUCAAGCACAAUGUCCGUCUGCUGGCCUCGGGCGGCACUGCCAAAUUGAUCCGUGAGGCUGGAUUCCCUGUCGAGGACGUCUCUGCCAUCACCAAUGCCCCCGAAAUGCUGGGCGGCCGUGUCAAGACCCUCCACCCUGCAGUCCACGGAGGCAUUCUUGCCCGCAACAUCGCAUCGGACGAGAAAGACCUCGCCGAACAGAAAAUCGACAAGGUCGACUACGUCGUGUGCAACUUGUACCCAUUCAAGGACACCAUCGCCAAACCGAACGUGACCAUCGAAGAAGCCGUCGAGGAAGUUGACAUUGGCGGCGUGACUUUGCUCCGCGCUGCUGCAAAGAACCAUGCCCGCGUCACUAUCCUGUCGGACCCCAACGACUAUGCGGAAUUCAUCAAGGAGCUCGACGCCGGCGAUGUGUCGGACAAGUCCCGCAAGCUGUACGCCCUCAAGGCCUUUGAGCACACUGCCGACUACGACACCGCCAUCUCGGGAUACUUCCGCAAGCAGUACGCCGGCGAAGGCGUCCAGCACUUGUCGCUUCGCUACGGCACCAACCCACACCAGAAGCCCGCUGCUGCCUAUGUGUCCAGUGGCAAGCUGCCCUUCAAGGUGCUCGGUGGUUCACCCGGAUACGUCAAUCUCUUGGACUCGUUGAAUGCAUGGCCGCUCGUCAAGGAGCUGAAGCAAGCACUGGGUCUUCCAGCUGCUGCCAGCUUCAAGCACGUCUCUCCAGCUGGCGCUGCCAUUGGUGUCCCCCUGGAUGAAAGAGAGCGCAAGGUUUACUUUGUCGACGACAUUGCCGGCAUUGAGUCGUCUGGUCUUGCCCAGGCCUAUGCUCGUGCGCGAGGUGCCGACCGCAUGUCCAGCUUUGGAGAUGUCAUUGCUCUUAGCGACAAGGUGGAUGUGCCAACGGCAAAGAUCAUCUCUCGAGAAGUCUCUGACGGUGUGAUUGCACCUGACUUUGAGCCCGAAGCUCUGGAGAUCCUUAAAAAAAAGAAGGGCGGGAAAUACCUUGUUCUGCAAAUUGACGACUCUUACACUCCCCCGCCCACCGAGACCCGCACCUUGUACGGUGUUCAGCUGGAGCAGGGUCGUAACGACGUUGUCAUCUCACCUUUCAAGACCUUUAACAGCAUCAUUACGCCCAAGGACUUGAAGACCCUCCCCGAAGCUGCUCUCCGGGACUUGACUGUGGCCACGAUUGCGCUCAAGUACACCCAGUCCAACUCGGUCUGCUAUGCUUUGAACGGCCAAGUCGUCGGUCUCGGAGCUGGCCAGCAGAGCCGAAUCCACUGCACCCGUCUUGCCGGUGACAAGGCCGACAACUGGUGGAUGCGUUUCCACGAGCGCACACUCGGCAUCAAGUGGAAGGCAGGCGUCAAGCGCGCAGACAAGAGCAACGCCAUCGACAUGCUCUGCUCGGGCCAGAUCCCACGUAGCGACGUCGAAAAGGCCGACUACGAGCGUGUCUUUGAGCAGGUGCCCGCUCCUUUCACUGCUGAAGAGCGGGAAUCAUGGCUGAAGGAUUUGACUAAUGUUGCUGUCUCGUCGGACGCCUUUUUCCCUUUUAUCGACAACGUCUUCCGGGCUGCGCGCUCGGGCGCCAAGUACAUUGCUGCGCCGAGCGGUAGCCAGAACGACGGACCUGUCUUUGACACUGCCGAGAAGCUUGGCAUUACGUUUGUCGAGCAGGGUACACGUCUGUUCCACCACUAG